GUUUUGUUCACCAAGUCCUCGAGUUCCACUGUAUCAUUCUCCUUCUGCCCUUCCAUACCAACGCAACCGGAUUGAUGCCUUUGCAUUGCCAGAUCGAGCCUGUCAACAGCUCCACGACAGUUGUCUGCCGACAAGUUCAUCAACAUGCCGCCGAAUAAGGAACCCAUCAACGCCGGGCCUAUCACUCGACUUCUCGUCAUCCUCUUCGUCUUAGCAAGGAACCAGAGGUAUCUGCGGUGGUUAUGGAAACCCUCUCCGGGCUUGAUGUCCAUAUUCAAUAUAUGCAUCAAAGUAAAGCCGAUUGCAAGCUUAGCCGAAGCUAAAGCCAUGCAAUAUGUCGCCCAACACACUUCUAUUCCCGUGCCGAAGGUAUACUGCGCUUUUAUUUAUAAAGGUGACAGCUAUACUGUGAUGAGCAAGAUGAAUGGCAAAAUGCUAUGGUACAGUUGGAAAACCCGUACUGGAGAGUCGAAAUCGAUUAUUCUCGCCCAGCUCCGUCAGAUGGUUACCGAACUCCGCUCUGUACCUCCUCCAGAAGGCACAAGUGUCAGUGGUGUUGACGGUGGUCCGUUCUACGACUGUCGCUUACCGUCAAGGCUACUCUGGGGACCAUAUGCUACGACCCGGGACUUCCACGAGGCCCUUGCGAACGGUGCAGAUCUGGACACUGAGUAUGCGAAUUUGCCGGACGACAUACACAAGCUCUUUGAGUUCUAUCGGCAGUCAAAUGACCAGUUAGUCUUGACCCAUGGUGAUCUAAGCAGCCUGAACAUUUUGGUUGAAGGAGACGAUAUAGUAGGCAUUGUGGACUGGGAGACAGCAGGAUGGUUGCCGCUAUAUUGGGAGUAUACAUGUGCUAAAUAUAUCAACCCUGUUAAUAUAUUUUGGGCGGCAGAGGUAGAUAGGUUCUUGGAGCCUAUGCCACUUGAGCUGAAUAUGGAGAGCAUAAGGCAGAGUACUUCGGCGCUCUCUGAACCCGGUAUACGAAUCAGUUUCUCUAAACCAUUCUUGGGCGAUCGUAGUCAAAGCAUCAACUCCACCCUCAAUAUUUUUUGUUCUGGUGUACGAAGUGGGAUGCAGCAGGAAGGCAUGCGACGGAGAGAUUUGGCGUUUCUUGCAGGCGAGUUGUGGCUGCGGAAAUGGCAAACAUGUUGCGAGCGCGUCCUCUACAUCAUGCUUGGAGUAGUACUUGGAUGAGGCACAGAACAAAAAUUCUCACAUCUAUUACAUCCAUCUUCCACCCUCAGAAGCAAUGGCCUCUUCGAACGCGCGGAUCAUUCCAUCGUAGAGCUUGUCUACAGCCUCGGGCGAGCUGUCGGUCCCUGUCCAAACUACCCCAUUCCGUAGGGGAAAUAGAAUUUGGCGAAGACAUUCGGCGAGCGGCUUAAGGGAGUGAAAUUCGAGAGGAAAUUCCUCCAGAAUAUUCCGAAAACUAUUCUGAUCCAUAUCAAGAGGCUUGCGUGCCGCUAGU